ACCAAGUCUGCUUUCUGAGCUGUUCUUGACAAUUUUCCAUAGUGAGUCUUGUUUGACAGGACUGGGAAGAUAGUAGGUACUAGCUCUAGUAAUACACUCAAGACAACCAUAUGUAUGAAGUUCUAGGAAUCUGGAAGCUGGGCAGGAAACAGACAUGGUCUUGGUGUAAAACCAGAUACUUGUUAGCAUGUAGAGCACUCAGGAGGUAGCUCUGUUUGUGAGCACCUGGUAUUCUGCCAUCACGUAAGUCAUAGGCAGCCUAUAUGGAAACGGCAAACGUGGACUUCAGUGGCUUUGAAGUGACAGCCCUGGUUUAGUGAACUUUCUAAGUAAAAUGUGUUUGUGGAAGGUGGUGCCAUCUUCAGUUUCGUGGAAGCUAUUGCAUGGGGGUUUUGUGCUGGAAUUAACAUGUCUGUUAUAAACUGCAUCUUGACUAGUCUCCGUGGUUAAAAUUUUCACUAUGUGACUGUUGUGAAAACUAAGCAAACUUUCAUCAUGCAUAUCAAGAUUGCUUCUUGUUUGGCACCUCUACAAUCACUUCUUAAGAAGAAGAAGAAGCUGGAAGAGGAGGGUUCUUCCUGUUGCUUCUUGUUCUACCUUUCCUUCUUUUCUGAGUGGUGGUGGUGCAAGGAGUUGGAAGAGAGAGAGAAGGGAGCAUAUGGACUCCCAAGAUCAGUGAGGGAAGAGAGGAGGAGUUGUGCUGGAGCAGAGACUCCCCUCAUCCUGUGGAGAAAAGUGGUGAAGCAGAGAUUUGUUUGCACUUCGUAAAAGACCCUGCGUCAGGGGCAGUGAUUAUGCCCAGAAGAGGCCACGUCCCGUGUAAGGGACCCUGUGUUUUCAGAAGCCGUAACUGUGGGGAAGAACCCAUGCCAAAGAAGUUCAUUAGUACUAUGCCCAGAGAAGGCCGUGUUCCGCAUGAAGGACCCCAUAGUUGCAGAAGCAACUAUGUAACUAUUGGGAAGAACCCCUGGCAGAGACGUUUGUUGAGGACUGUGUCCCAUGGGAGGGACCCUGUAUCAGAGCAGGGGAAGAAUAUGAGGAGUCGUCCUCAUCUGAGAAGACAGAAGCGGCAGAGCCCAUCUGUGAGAGACCGAUCACGUCCCCUACUCUCUACGCCCCUGAGCCUUUGCCGGGGAGGAGGUAAAGAUAUCAGGAGCAGUGAGCUGGGCCCAGGAAGAAAGGAGAAAUGGGGGAGAGAGAUCUUUAGGAAUAACACGCCAUCAGCUUUUGCCAGAAUUGGAAACAAACUAAGUCAGCAGAAAGACACUCGUCAAGCAACUUUCCUAUUCAGAAGGGGCCUGAAGGUGCAGGCCCAAGUGCAGUCACCAGAUGAUCUUGAUAAUCAGACAGUAAAAAGAACUCGUCAAUGGCGAACUUCUACCACGAGCGGAGGGAUUCUGACUGUAUCCAUUGAUAACCCAGGAGCAAUCAUAACCCCAAUUUCCCAGAAAUUACGUUUAACUCGUAAUCCUGUGCCACCAUUUCUGAUGAAGAGGGACCAGUCUCAAGAGAAGAAGAUUCCCAAAGGAGUUCCAUUGCAGUUUGAUAUUAAUAGUGUUGGGAAACAGACAGGGAUGACAUUGAAUGAACGUUUUGGGAUCCUGAAGGAGAAAAGAACAGCGCUGUCUCAGAACAAAGGAAGUCGUUUUGUAACAGUGGGCUAACCCAACAGAUGGACUUGAGCACUGAUCCCACCUACCUAAGAAACUGAAAUAAAAGUGGGCGGAAGAAUACAGCAUACGUCACUCAAAUGCUCCUGGCUUCUUGCUGAGAUGGUGGCAGUACUAUCUAUCUUUGUUAUUUUUCCUUUGAAUGGUAAAAGACAUGAUGCCCUGAGAGGGGGAGAGUGAGGAAACUGAUCUGUUGGAGCGGCACCAUCACCUGGUUGGAAAAGGUUCUGUUGCCCGCCUGAUGACAAAUAUGGAUUUUGAUUCGUCUUGCAACCAAAACACAAACAUGAUUUUUAAAAGUUGGGGUUUUGUUUCUUGUUUAGGAGUGCUCAGUGUCUCUUUUUUGACCCCUCUGUUAUGGUAAAGAUUGUGUGUUUUGUUACAGAUGGCGUUUUAGGGUGUUUUAGGGGCUGCCUGUGAACUUUCCUUUGGACUGCAGUUUGGCAUCAAGCCUCAGUCCAUGAAUACUUUGGUAGUGAUGUAGUGGCAUUUUUCAUGGGAGCAUUGGUUGUAUUUCUUUGUGCUUUUUAAGUUCAAUUCUUUUUUUUCCUUUCUUGAAAACUGAAUGGUUUACAUCCUCACUCUCACAAAUAAAGCUGUUAGCUGAGACCUCAAAUAUGUAAUUGGAGUGGAGACUAUUCUACUCUUAAAAGUGGUCCAGAUCAUAUUGGAGGAAUACUGGACAGACAAUAUGAAAGUAAUUUAUAUUGCAAAUAGCUCAAGUUCAUCUUCCUCCUCUGUAAACAGAGUAUGUCUGUGUCCUAUUUUUUUCCUCAACUUUUGCUUUCUGUUUCUUUUUCUAAGUUGUUUGGCGCUUUUUUUUUUUCCCACAAACUUAAUGCAAUAACUUCAUAUUUUGGAAUAAUUUCAUAGGAAUAAAUACAACAGUUCAGAAGAAAGUCUGGUAGAGUUCCUUAACCUCCCAGACACAGGAUUCUCAUCUUGCAUACCUUAGCCCAGAGGGUUUUUUCUGGCUCUUACAAGUUGCCAGAGGCAAGCAAUCUAAUGGCACUUCUUUGUACAUACCAAAGAGAGGCAAGAUGUGAAGCUGAACAGAAGUGGGCAGACAUCUCAAAACUGGCUGAAACUGGGGAACGUUCCUGAAGGAGGGCCCUCAGUUUGUCAGGAUGUGUAAGGCACUAAGCAGCAGCAUGUAGUCAGCUGCUUUAAGCUUAACUUUGUGCAUCAGAAUCUGCAGGGUGGUGACAACUGGGGCAUCCUCAGUCUGAAUUUAUAUCAUCCCUAAAACAGAGGUACCUGUUCAGAAUUGCUUCCAGACCAGGAACUGGUGAACUUAAUGGUAAUCUAUAGCAAUGAGGUUUAGGUACAGUCAGGUAAAUGAAUGCUUGGCUUGCUGCAUCCAGAAAUGUUUAGGGUGUUUGAAGUGGGUUUAAUUCCUUUUAUUCUUGAAGAAUUAACAUUUGGCUUAGUACAGAACUGGUUCCCUUGCAUUUUUAUCUCAAAUUCCAAGUUAACUAGCAUUUACCAGGAACUUCAACGUUGAAGAGCGUUUGACAGCAGAACUUUUGUUUCUACAGCAGUUUUAAAGUCAGUGCAUCCUGAUGCUAUAUAGAACUUAAACCCUUGUUUUUAAUGAUUAAAAAAUAUAUCUUAGCAGAAGCAAACUAUAUGUAAUAGCGUUAAGGGUUUGUUCUUAAUUACUAGUAGGUCUUUUUCAAUGUCCCACUGUUAGAACUGCAGUAGGUGAAGCGUUGUCAGUCAUCCUGUUUCCCUGUAUUAUAUUUUCCAUGUACAAGGAUGCAACAAAAAAAUUCUUUUGCAUCAACAUAGAUGCAAAACAUUGAUGCAAUGCAUCAAAAAAUGCUAGUUUGUAUUUAAUGAGAAGAUGCUUUACACUGUACCUUUUGGUAUUUUUUGGAGACGUUACUACAUUUGAUCUAUUCUGAAGCUGUUAAUUUUUUUUUUAAAUAAAAAAAUUACAGGUUU